UCUCCCCGGCCGAGGCGCCACCUGUUUGCUACAGCACCUCAGAACACCACAAACUCGCAAGGGGCCAAUUCCAAAUCUCCCACCAACAUCCGGCGCGCCAAUCGCAGAUCCCAAGCCCUCACACGCUCAUUUACAUUUUCGUCGCUCUCUUUUUCUUUUCUCGUCGCCCAUCAUGACCCGCGCUCAGCAGACGAUUUCCCUCGGCCUCUUGGUCUCUUCUAUCUACUUUGCUCUCUACCUCGAGCUCAUUCCUCUCCCUCCUCUCGUCCAGAAGGAAAUCGUCCCAGUGCUCCCCUUCUGGGCCCUCAUUUCGUUCGGCGCUGUGCUCCUCUUCCGUCUCGGCUGGGGCGUCUUUACGUUCAACGAUGUUCCCGUGGCGCACAAGGAGCUGAUGGAGGAGAUUGAGAUGGCAAAGGUCGACCUGAGGAAGCUUGGUGUUGACGUGGACUAAAUUCAUAAAGCAUACCGUGGCGCAACUGGAAGGAGAUAUAACGUAAAUUCAUAAAAUACUAGUGGGCAAUGCAAUAUCACCGUGGGAUCAAAUAAAGGUAGUUUUUCGUGUAAUCGAAGCCCCCUGUUCAGGGCGUACUGUCUCUUUGUCAUUUAAUGAAUCGAGUCAAGCGCUCAUCUUGAACAAGAUCGAAAACAUCUUGCUUCAACUACCGUAGACCUGGCCUUUUAUACAUCAUAACUCAUUAACAGAGAAGCAUCUCUACCUCAUUGCUCUCCUACAACUAAUGCCACAAUAGUCUUAACAGCGAGGGAUGGGUCCUGCCCGCCCUCUACGAGAUCUUCAAACAGUUUUGGAAGCUUUCCCAGCACGCCCCGUUGGUCCGCCUUUCGCCCUUUGCCUGGUACGCCAAUCAUGACUGCCACCUUAUUUUGCGCCUCCCCAAUCCAAUCAAAAUCAAUCUUCCACUCCAGCCGUACCGAUGAUGUAGGGUCCGAUCGCUUCUUCGACGGAACGUCAAACUCAAACGCCUGCUGACCC